AGCUUUCUUAAGUUUCUUAGCCAGCACCAUCAAGCGAUUAGCAACAACUCAGCUUAGUUAUUGAUUGCUGGGAUACCGGCAUUAAUUGAGUCUAAUAUGUUCCUCUUUGACGUUUUGCAGAGGACUUACACAGUCGUGUUUCCUCCGACUGCCCCUAAGAAUGAUGAUGCUAUCCGGAUCGGCCUGCUAGGUGCUUCGAAAAUCGCACCGUUUGUGGUUGUGAAUCCAGCCAAGUCCCAUCCGGAUGUCAUCGUGGCAGCCGUGGCAGCUCGCGACAUCGAACGCGCCAAAAAGUAUGCCAAGACACAUGGAAUUCCUAUCGUGCACGCAUCUUACCAAGAGCUGAUAGAUGACCCCGCGAUUGAUGCCGUUUACGUGGCUCUGCCCAAUGGCAUGCAUUACGAAUGGGCCCUGCGAUCAAUUCACGCAGGAAAACAUGUUCUUUUAGAGAAACCAUCUUGCUCAAAUGCCAUUGAGGCAAAGAAAUUAUUCAAUCAUCCAUUGACGACCGCUAAAAAUGCCCCUGUCCUUCUAGAAGCCUUCCACUAUCAAUUCCACCCAGGCUUUCAGACGUUUCUCUCGGAGGUUCGCAAGUCUCCAGGGGCCAUCAAAAACGUCCGUGCUGAAUUUCACCUUUCACCGGGUAUAUUGGGAUCUGAAGAUAUCCGGUUCAGAUAUGCCCUGGGCGGCGGUUGCAUGAUGGAUGCGGGAACCUACCCUCUUUCUAUCGCUCGCCAGAUUCUGGGACGUGAGAAGAUUCUCGAGCCCAUCGAUGUGCGCUACCGUGGGGUACAACCUGGAAAAGACGGAAGAGUCGGGGAGCCGCAAAUUGACGAGGCAAUGGAGGCAACAUACCGCACGGCCGAAUCGGUCAAUGUCCACGUUAGUGGAGAUCUUCUUCACAAAGGAAAAUGGCCUUCAUUUUUCCCAGCAUCUUGGACCAGGGCCUUGCCCUCUUUCAAAUGGCCGAAGGCAUCGGUCACUUUUGAACCUGUGCUUGUUGACAUGCCGAAUGGCGAGGACAAUAACUCGAGCCAGCACUUUGUGCAACGGACUCUGACCAUGUGGAAUCCUUUAAUUCCAACCUUCUACCACCGGAUCGAUAUUUCGGAUGAGCACACACUACGCCAAGGAGACCACGUAACGAAGACUUGGAAUGAGACAAAGUACAAAACGGCAUAUAACUGGCCCGAGGGAGACAGGCGUGCUGCAGUCUACAAAGACUGGUGGACCUCAUAUCGCUGCCAACUAGAAGAAUUUGUGAAUCGGGUGAAGGGUCGUGAGGGCUCUGGUGUGUGGAUUGAUGGGGCAGAGAGUAUUGCGCAGAUGGAGGUCAUCGAUCGGACUUAUGAGAAAGCUGGAUUGAAGCCUCGACCGACCAGUACCUUUGAGUUGUAGGGGAUUUUGGUAAUAUGAGUUUCGAGGCUGCUGAGUUUACUGACCUCAGCCUAUUCCAUAAUAUCUCUUGUUUUUUCUGAGCAUCAUUUUCCGUGUUGAUAGGUACUCCAGAUCCGAC